AUGCUCGCUUACGCGGCGCUUGUGUGCGUGUUUCUUUUGACAGACCGCAUCGAGGCGGGCCCGGCCGGGAUGCAGCGUAUGACAGUCACCAAGAUGCGAGCGGAAGACCUCGAGAGCUCCGCCAGCGGUUACGUGUACAACCAGCAACAGGGUCUUCCGGUUUACUACCUGCAUUACACCGAUCACGGAAGUGGAAGCUACUAUCGCGCACCGCACACCGUGCACUACAUCGACGCACCUGUUGCUCGCUCGCCAAUUCUGCAACCGUACGCGGCCAUGGACAAGAGAAGCCGCCAAGAAAUUGUCGCUUACGGUGGCCGGGAAUUGCCGAAACACGCGGCAACUUCCGCCGAAUCGCAGCCACGCGCGCCUUAUUACACCGAGAACGUCGUGGAGGCGAAAAGGAACGAGGAUGAUAAGACACGUGAUGCCGAAGCAAAUGAUGAUGAGAGUGAUAAAACCGGCGAUAAAGAUGACGGAGAUAUUCAUGGGGAUGAGAGCGAAGAUAGCGAUGAAGAUAGUCACGAAGACAUCGGUCAUUCGUCGGAGUCUCAUGCUAGCGAGGGUGAUGGUGACAGACGUAACGAGUUUUAUAAAUCCCAUAGUGAUGAAAGUGGAGAAUCUGAAGAGUCCCAUGACGGUAAUAGUUCUUCAGCAGCUGGAAACGGAGAAAAGUAUGAAUCUCAUGAACUUUCGAAACAUGGAGAGACAGGGGACAAUGAUUACAAGAAUCAUCACGAAUUUAGCAAAGGUGAACGUGGUACGAACAACGAAGAACGUCACGAAGGACACUAUAGCAACAAGGGUGGACAACAAAAGGGGCAUAUCGACGAACAGGAAGAGCAUGGUUCCCAGGAGGAGACUGAGAAAGGACACGAAGGCAACAAUUACGGACACUCUACGUAUCACAAGAAGGGAGAGAAGAUUAAUGGCUUCCAUAAUGUCUACCACAAGGACGAGUACAAGAAGGAAACCGAUUUCUACGACGACUCUCAUAAGAAGGGUUAUUUCGAUAAGUUCGCGGAAUUCGACAAAGGUUACAAAGUAUCCGAGGGUGGCGUACAGAAGGGCGGUCAUCACUCUUCAGGCUACGACCAGAAAGCCAGUGGAAAGAAGGGAGCUUACGACAAGGGAGUCCAUCAAAGUCAGGAUCAAGGUCACGAAAUCGAGGAAGGGGAAAAGUCUUAUCACUCGCAUCACGAGGAUUAUGCUUCCGAAGAAGAUUCAAAAUCAGCUAAAGAGAACAAUUUUCGUAAUAAUUCCGGUCAUCAUUGA